AUGUGCAUGAAGUGGAAAGACUUUCUAAGGCACAGAGUGUUCAGUCUGGAGAGAAGAAGGCUUAGGGAAGACAUCGCCGUGUCCUGGCACUUAAAGGGUGGCUACCAAGAUGAAGACUCACUUUUUACAGGGAGCCACGUGGAAAAGACAAGGAGUAAUGGGUGCAAGUUGCUGCUGGGGAGAUCUGGAUCAGACACCGGAAUAAAGUUUUCCAUUGUGAGAACAGUCAAGCAUUGGAAUCACCUCCCCGAGGGAGCGGUGGAUUCCCCAGCACUGGAACUCCGCUUGGCAAGGUGCUGGGCCGUCUCAGCUAACCUGCACUCCUACCUAGAAGGGCUGGACCAGAUGACCCCCGGGGUCCCUGCCAUUCCAUCACUCUGUGAAUUAAUUCUAUCGACUCCCUCAGACACGGUGCUGACCCUCUGGAUGUCCCCGCUCGGCCUUCCCGCGCUCAGCCACAGGCACUCAGAGUUCCCUCAGCAGCCAAGACGCCCGCGCACAUUCGCGGGGGGGCACAGAGCCCUGCCUAACGAGCAGCUCUUGGAGUUCUGGGAAACUUACAUUUUGAUCCUGGAGACUUUGGAAGGAAACCAGAUCCAUGUCAUAAAGCCGGUAUUACCAAAACUAAACAGUUUAUAUGAACAUGCAAUACUGGGGGACAAAGGUUGUUGGUUGUUUCACCCAUCAUGGCUCAUGUGCAUUUAUAAACGAAUGUUUGAGAGUGAGAAUAAAACAUUGACAAAAGAAGGUGUUCUUCAUUUUCUGGAACUUUAUGAAACAAAGCACCUUCCAAAUUCGCUUGGUUUUUCAGAGUUUGUUAUUGGACCAUUAAUGGAUGCCCUGUCAGAAAGUUCCCUCUAUAGCAGGAUACCAGGCCAGUUAAUGGGAGCCUGUCCUCCUUUGGGAAUGAGGCUACAGAAGUUUUUGGCCACAUAUCUCAUGCUUCUUCCAGAGAAAGAAAAAGGUAGUUUCCUGUUAAAAUUUAUUCAGAAGAUGACAAGUAGGCAUUGGUGUGCUGUUCCCAUUUUGUUUCUUUCUAUGGCUCUGGCCCAUAUCCCUGCGUGUAAAGUACUGGGCACUGAAGGACUUCAUGCUUUAAGAGAUGUCCUCCAGUGUACUAUGAUUACACAUCAGAUUUUGUUGCGUGGGGCUGCUCAGUGCUGUCUUCUUCAAGCAGCUAUGCAUUUGACAGAUGUGGAGAAAGUGUCUCUCGCUGAGCUUUCAAGCUUUCUUCUGUCCCUUAGACCAGAAGAGUCCCUAAGGAGAGAUACUAUGUUAUGGAAGGAGCUUUGCAGUUGGUUGCAAGUGAAUGACGGGUGCUUCAGAAAGUCGAUAACCUCUGAUUUUGAACAUCAAGAAACAUCAUCAUUAUGUCAAUACGUACGCAGUCUUGUGGGAGAGUACCUUAAGGCACCAGCAUCUGAAAGAGAAAAUUGUUUUAUGCCUGACUGGUUUGAAGCUAAGCUUGUCGCAACAAUGAUUCUAUUGGCUGCAGAUGUGGAACAGAUGAGGAAUAAAUACAGUGAAAAAAGCAGCAUAGAGCGGAUUGAACUAGAGACUUUCUUGAACCCUCUCCUGGAUGUCUUGAUGAAACUUGGCAGUAAUGCUUACAUACCAACACUGAAAACAGAUAAAAGCCUACAGCUUCUCUUGAAGUUAUUGCAGACCCGUUCGUUAAAAUGUUCCAAUACACAAGAUGAUGGGGUAUUGUUUUUUAUUUGGAAAUCUCUAACAACACCUGUGGAGAGUAUUCUUGAAUUUAUUCUCCGACGGCUCACUGCAAAUGAGUUAAGCACUGUUGGUGAUCUGGAUCGUUGUGAUCUCUACUUAGCUUUAAUUCCAGAGAUAGUGAAUUUGUGCUUGCGAGUCAGCUGGAAGAAGGUACCAUCUGUCAAGAAUUUCAUUUUGUCCCUGACAAAUGCAUCUAUUCGUAAUCUUCAGGAGAGAAAUUUUGAAGAGGAGCUGAAGCUUAAAGAACAAAUCAAAAAAGUAGCUAGCAUGGCUUCACUUACAGCAGUUUGUGAGAUAAUGGAUCAGAAUCCUGAAGCACACCUUGAAUCUUUGCCUUCUGUGCAUGCUCUGAAGAGAUUUGUUUCCUUUUCUCCAUUAAAUGAUGUAUUAAAGAAGCAAUCUUACACUGAAGAAAAAAGUAGCUCCUGCGAAGAAACAACAUCUCAAGGGUGGGGAAAAAUUGUUGCACGCUAUGUUCAUGACCAGUGGAUUUGCCUCCGUUUCCUUCUAAAUUCAUGUCCAUCACUGUCUCAAGAGAAUGAAGAAACGCCAGAAAUACCAUUACCUACAAUUGAAAGGUCAAGACAAAUUCUAGAGUCUGCGUUAGAAGCCCUGACUAUUCUUCCUUCAGACCAAGUUUUACCUGUGCUUGACUGCAUGAAAGUUCUUGUUCCCAAGCUUCUGGAUUCAGCAGAGUCUCUCUGCAUAGAAGCAUUUGACUUGGCUUGGAAAAUCGUAUCCUCUUUGAGCAACACACAGCUAAUAUUUUGGUCCAAUCUAAAAGCUUUUGUUCAGUUCAUCUUUGACACUGAGGUUCUGGCUGUUGCUGCAAGUGCAAAGGGUCAAGCAUAUGCAAAAAUAAAAGAGAUAAUUUUCAAGCUCAUAGAUAUGUCCACUACGAAGACUGGAGUUUUCAAUGUAGUCCUUAGAUAUUGCUGUACAUCUUGGAUACUUCCCACUGUUAACAGAAGAAGUGCCUUGACAAAUGCUUUCUUAAAUGCUGGAAAUUAUUGUGAACUUAUCACUGAGGCUUGUCUCUUUGGAACUGUAUUUAGGAGAGAUCAAAGACUUAUUCAGGAGGUGCAUGCCUUUGUAGAAAAUCUUGGAGAAGAAUGUGCAGCAAACAUUGUUACAGAAAGUACAAACCGAGAUGAUCACUAUGUUCGGGUUUGUGCCAUUAAAUUUCUCUGCUUGUUGGAUGGAUCAAAUACUUUGCAUAAGACGUUUAUGGAAGACAUUUUCAUCAAACUGCUUGAUAAAGAUGAGUUGGUAUCCAGAUCUAGAACACGCUACUAUGUGAACUCUUUACAUCACAGAAUUAAAAACCGGGUAUGGCAGACACUCCUAGUUCUUCUUCCAAAGCUUGACCAGAGUUUUUUGUGUGGAACCCUUGACAAAGUUUUCCAGGCUGGAUUUGGUAACAAUCAGGCAUCUGUGAAAUACUUCAUAGAAUGGAUUAUUAUCUUGAGUCUACAUAAAUACCCCCAGUUCCUUAAUAAAUUCUGGGAUUGCUUUUCCUAUGAUGAAGAAAAGCUUAAAACAAGCAUCUGCACGUUUUUAUCUGUGUUAUCACACUUUGACAUAGUUCUUCAAAAUACCUCAGAGAAGAAGCCAGCUUUGAAGAAAGCCCUCAUUGUUGUUCUGCAAUGGUGUUUCAACCAUAAUUUCAGUGUUCGACUUUAUGCACUAGUUGCCCUUAAAAAAGUCUGGUCUAUGUGCAGAAUGUUGCAAGUGCAAGAAUUUGAAGCUCUGACACCAGUUAUUGAAUCUAGCCUUCAACAAGUGGAAAACAUGCAUGGCACAGGGUCUGCUAAAAGGAACUGGCAGCGAAUCCAAGAUCACUUCUUCUUUGCAACAUUUCAUCCACUUGAGGAUUAUAGUCUAGAGACAAUAUUUUACACUCUUCCCCGCCUCUCGGAGCUUGCUGAGGAUGAAUGGAUCUCGCUCUCAAAGUUUGAUAGAUUCACUGACAUUCCUUUGCCACCAACAUUUCAGUGCUAUCACUCUCGAGCAGAACUUCUUGAUCUGAAACCAAGUGACUGGUCUCAGCAAGACAUGGGUUCAAAUACAGUUGAAACAGAUGGCCAGACUGAAUGGACUGAUGUUCAGAAAAAGAUAAUACCCUGGAAGAACAGUACUCCUAGUUCAGACCUGGAAAUUGUAUUUCAGGAUCGUGCUGCUAAACUGGGUAAAUCAAACAGCAGACUGAUUGUGGUAGCUUCACUUAUUGAUAAGCCUACCAAUUUAGGAGGUUUGUGCCGUACAAGUGAAAUAUUUGGGGCAUCUGCACUAGUUGUUGGCAGCCUUCAUUACAUACAAGAUAAGCAGUUUCAGCAUCUUAGCGUUUCUGCAGAGCACUGGCUCCCCCUUGUUGAGGUGAAACCUUCUCAGCUCGUUGAUUAUUUGCAGCAGAAAAAAACAGAAGGUUACACUAUCAUCGGUGUGGAGCAGACAGCUAAAAGCUUUGAUCUUACAGAAUAUUGUUUCCCAGAGAAGUCACUGUUACUGUUGGGAAACGAACAUGAAGGAAUCCCAGCAAACCUGAUUCACCACCUGGAUGUCUGUGUGGAAAUUCCUCAGCAGGGUAUUAUUCGAUCCCUCAAUGUCCACGUAAGCGGAGCUCUGCUGAUUUGGGAGUACACAAGGCAACAAGUGAUCAAGCAAAAACAACAAAAAUAACUGCCAAGAGUUUCAUGCCUUAUAGUACAACUGGGAGACUGACUAUGGUGCUAUGGAUCAGAAACUCAGGGUGAAUGAGGACUCUUUGACUUCUGCAUGUU